AUGGCCCUUAUGCCAGGGAGCAGCGAGGAUGGGCCUUGGUCUAGAGAUAGCCCAGGCUCCUCACAGCACCCCGAAAGUUCUAAGCUGACCAGCCCCCUGUGGAAGGACAGAGAAAUUGGCAGGGUUGAAGGUCACCAGGAUGUUCAGGAGAUCUCUCAAAAGACCCGCCUGCCCUCUGUUGUGGUGGAAACCUCUGAGGGGAGUGAAGAGAGCGGCGAGCUUGGCUGGCCACAUGAGGAACUGCUGCUGCUCACUGAUGAGGAAGAGGAGGCCGAGGUCUUCUUCCAGGACCAAAGUGAAGAGGCAGGCUGGACUUGGAGCCCACUGGACCCCAGAUCUCCCUUAAGAACCUUUAACCCAGAACUCAGCUGGGGACAGGAACAAGUAGAGCAAGAGGUCUCCUGGAUUCCCGAGGACACAGAGUAUCAGGAAGCCUCCAACCCCUGUCUUCUCUGGAACACAGCAACAGGCUCCCAAGUGUAUAGAAGCUGCUUUGUGGAAUAUUCGCAUCUCCUGCCUCCCAGGAGCUUUGAGGGAGCUGAAGAAGAAGCUGUUCAAGAGACGGCGGGUGUUGAACCGGGAGAGGCGACUGAAGCACCGGGUGGUCGGAGCUGUGAUAGACGAAGGCCUGAUCACGCGGCACCACCUCAAGAAGCGGGCGUCCAGCGCACGUGCCAACAUUACCCUCUCUGGGAAGAAGCGCAGAAAACUCCUCCAGCAGAUCCGACUGGCCCAGAAAGAGAAAGCAGCCAUGGAAGUGGAAGCCCCCACGAGGGAAGCCAGGACUAGUGAACCACAGCCCAAACGGCAAAAGAAGA